AUGCCACUUAUUCCUGGUCUCCGUGCCGAGCUAAAACUCCAUCAGGACGUUCAGUCGCUGGAUGAGGAGUGGUCAGGCAUUACAGACCCGGUGAUCCGUCGCAAGCUUCAGAAUCGGCUGAAUCAACGAGCGGCAAGGCGGCGCAAGGCUGAGCAGAAGGCCGGAGGUGGAGCUGGGCCCUCGACGUCGAAAGCUAGAGCUGCAGGGCUUAAAGACGUGCGCCUGCACCAACGCAUCGAUCUCAAGGACGUGGUGCAGCUGCGGACGAAGCAACUCGGCAGCACCGAGUGGCAGGCCGCCGUGGAGACGUUCAGCCAGGCCACCCAGUCGCCCUUUGUGUCCAUCCGGAGCAAGCACUCGUGUCAGCGGUGGUACGAGGUGCUACUGGAGGAUCGUCUGGUCAGCAUCAAGGAGCUGGCGGAGAAGUCGACACAGGACGGCCCAGAUGAUGCCACCUUGUACAAGCUACCGGCCGAUCACCUGAUCUCGCUGGUCUAUUAUAACGUCUACCGUGCCUUGAUUUCAAACGUGCACCUCCUCGGACUGGACCUGAAUCUGAUGUACAGCGACGAUUAUCCGUCGCCCUUCCUACCGCUCUCUCCGACCGCGUCCUCCAAGAUCCGCCAGCUGCCUCCCACGCUCGAGCCGACGGAACUGCAAAAGACCAUGGCGCAUCAUCCGAUGUGGGACAUCUUUCCCGACCCGGAGAUCCGGGAUAAUAUCCUGCGAUAUGGAGAAGAGAAUAUCGAUGAUCUGCACUUGUGUCUGGACAUGGUCGGCGAUGGGCACCACCCUGGGGGCUCGGGUGAUCUCGACACUCAGCAGACUAAUGGGUUGAUUGUAUGGGGCGAACCCUGGGACAUCCACGGGUGGGAGAUGACCGAGUGCUUUGCGCGCAAGUGGCCAUUCCUCAUACGAGGGGCGAUCAAUGUACAGAACUCGACGAACAAGUGGAGAAUGCAACGUGGGGAAGAACCAUUGGAUUUCUGCAGAAUACUCGAGAUGGAAUGA